AUGCCUUCAAUGGAGAAAGAUUCUCCCGAAGCGCCGCGACCGCAACGAAUCCCCUACUGGCGCGUCCUGACCGAUCAGGGCGUUUGCACCCCCGAAGUAAUCGACUUUCCCUACCAUGGCGCCGGCACCGAAGACAAGCCGUAUGUCGUCGAAUGGAUUCCCAACGACCACCGCAAUCCUAUGGAAUUUUCCGCAGGCUUAAAAUGGACCUUCACUAUCUUGGUCGCAUUCUCAACACUCGCAGUCUCGCUAUCCUCGUCGGCGUAUGCCGGUGGAAUCAAUGAAGUCCUAACAGGCCUGGAUGUUGGCGAAGAAGUCGCUACGCUGGGCGUUAGCUUGUUCGUUAUGGGCUUUGCCGUCGGCCCCUUGCUUUGGGCGCCCAUGAGCGAGCUUUACGGACGUCAGAUCGUGUUCUUGUUCACCUUCUUCUCGCUCUCGGCUUUCUGCGCUGGCGCGGCAGGCGCGCAGCAUGCCUACGUCCUAAUUAUCCUUCGUUUCUUCGCUGGAUCAUUCGGGUCAUCGCCUUUGACUAACGCCGGUGGUGUGAUUGCGGAUAUCUUCCCCGCUGAGAAGCGUGGGCUGGCUACUAGUCUCUUUGCUGGUGCACCGUUCCUCGGACCCACCCUUGGACCUGUUAUUGGAGGUUUCCUCAGCGAGAAUGCCGGCUGGAGGUGGGUGCAGGGAUUCUUGGCUGUCUUCACAGGUGUUAUCUGGAUGUGUCAAAGUCUGUUGGUCCCUGAGACCUAUGCCCCUGUCUUGCUACGCAAGCGAGCUGAGCGCUUGUCGAAAAUCACCGGGAAAGUCUACCGCAGUAAGCUGGAUAUUGAUCGAGGAAAGGUAUCUGCCCGAAAUGCCUUCGGAACUGCACUCAAGCGACCAUGGAUCCUCCUCUUUUCGGAGCCUAUUGUUUUCUUGCUCUCCCUCUAUAUGGCGAUUGUGUACGGCACACUUUACAUGCUCUUCGACGCAUUCCCGAUCAUCUUCCAAGAGAUCAGAGGGUGGAGUGAAGGUGUCGGUAGUUUACCCUUCCUUGCUGUUAUGAUCGGAAUGAUGAUUGCGGUCGGCCUCAAUAUGUUCGAUAACAAACGUUAUGUCCGCAUCCACAACAAGUAUAACGGAUUCGCACCGCCGGAAGCACGCCUGCCACCGACCAUGUUCGGCGGCUUGGCUAUUCCUAUCGGUCUCUUCUGGUUUGCAUGGACUAAUUACCCAUCCAUCCCAUGGAUUGUGUGUGUGCUCGCUACUGCGCCCUUCGGCUUUGGCAUGGUAUUCGUCUUCCUUGGAAUCAUGAACUACCUCAUCGACGCAUACACCAUCUACGCGGCAUCUGUGCUCGCCGCUAACUCGAUUAUCCGAUCAUGCUUCGGUGCCGGAUUCCCCCUGUUCACCACAUACAUGUUCAACAACCUCGGUAUUCACUGGGCAUCAUGUGUCCCAGCCUUCCUAUCACUCUUCUGCUGCCCAUUCCCCUUCAUCUUUUACUACUAUGGACCUGCUAUCCGUCGCAAGUGCAAGUACGCUGCCGAGGCAGACGAAUUCAUGCGUGCAUUGGCCAAGAAGAGCCAUGAAACUGAAGAGAUCAAGGAGAGCGGAAUCCCCGAGGGUGAAAGCGAGGGCGAGAAGCAGGUUGUCGAGCCUACCAGAAAUUCCGUGGAUAGUGAAUCGAUGUCGUCUCGUUCUUCACUCGAGCGAGUUGAGACAUACGAAGCGAAUCCCUUCGACAUUGAUCGUGUGAACACGCGCAAUUCUGCUAUUACCCAGCAAUCGAAGUCAAACACAGGCCGUGUGUCUAAGUUCUUUGGUUUCGGCCGCAAGUGA